AUGGUGAGGUCUAAAGAGCAUCCCUUGCCAGAUGAGCUGCGCGGCCGUCUGGAGCAAAUGGACGGCGGUGCAACUGCCGAGGCGUGGAAGUUGCUCGGCAACGAGUGCUUCUCUCACGGCUGCUACCUUAGCGCCAUCCGCUGCUACACCAAGGCGCUGGAGAAGGACGAGACGGCCGUCCUCCACAGCAGCCGGAGCGCCGCCUAUCUGAAGUCCUCCAUGUUCGCUGGCCCAUCGCUCGCACUGAAGGACGCAGAGCGUGCGGUGGAGCUUGACCCGGCGUGGUACAAGGCCCGCCUCCGCGUCGGCGAUGCACAGUUCGCGCGGAAGAAGUAUGCGGAGGCGAAGGCGGCGUACCAAAAGGCGCUGGAGUUAGACGGCAACUGCACGACGGCUGCAGACUCACUGCGGCUGGCGGAGCGGGAACUUUUCCUGCGCUCGCUGGAUGAGCAGGCGAGGCAGGAGGCGGCGAACGGGGGCCCGAGCGAGGGGUCGACCAACUCUACCCUGAACGGGAACACUGGCACGACGUCGACGAAGUCAAGCAGCGCACAGCCACCCACCGCGGAGGAGGAGAUUAAUCAGCACAUCCAGCUCUGGGCACAAGACACCACUAUGCGGGAGGAUCGAACCGCCAUGCGGGCCUUUAAUGCGCGAUUGGAUGAGGCGGAUCGUGAGGCCGGGGCGAGGUACAAAAGUGAGCUGCUCUCGAACUUCCGGGGAAGGAUGGCUACGCAGGAACCGCUUCGACGCAAGGUGGAGGAGCGGCAGGAGCAGGAGCUGCGGAUGGGGGAGGGGAUUGACUACCGCAACGCCGACAGCUAUCGCGCGACGCUGAUAAAGGGAACCAACGGCGUGGGACUUGGCAUUUCCACCGACGCCUACAAGUCGUACAAGUACGAGAGCAAGAUGUGGUGA